AGGCAAAAACUAUAUUUUGUUGUGAUUUGUGACAAGUGAUUUUAAUGAUCUUUGCUUAGUACCAAAACCGUUUAACAUUUUGUACAAAACAAUUUAGCAAAAAAAUUCCCAAAAUCCUCGCACUGUGUAAAUCUUCACAAAAUAACUGAAUUAAUAUGAGUGCAUGUUCUUAUGAAGUGCAUCCGCGUAGUAGAAGAUACCAGACAGUAUACUGACCAGGAUAUUAUUGUGUUCUUGAAAGCAGGUGAUAUGCCUGGAUAUAGUCUCUUUCAAACUACUGACACUGCACUAGAUCCUGAAUAUAAAAACUACAUACUUUACUCCAGUUGGUAGGGUACUAGAUAGGCACACUAUUUGGUAUUGUCGUGUCCGGUUUGGGAUGGAUCCGAGUACACUUGGUGAAGUUUGAGCCCAGUGCACUUUGGGACACUGUGCGGGGGCCAAUGAGCUCGCGCGCGGCGUGACGACACUCCGGGCCACCACGCCCCCAGCGUGGAUACCGACAGCUCUGGUCUGCGCGGAGCACAAUACUGUCACUUUACGUGGGUUAUGGACUUUUCGACCACGAUGGGGAGUUUUCAUAUUCAGCCAGCACAGGUUUCUCAGUCUCUUGCUGCCUGAACCCUCGUGAUAAAAAAAAAAAUAAAAAGUGAGUGCGGCGUUUGUACGGUUCAGAUCUCCGCGUGCUUUUAUUUAGGAUGUCAGGUUUCUUGAAAAGCCGGUAAGCAUACAGUGGGUGUUUUGCUGGAUGUUCAGCAUCACACAAAAAAGGGAUCGACGACGGAGCUGGGCGCUUUCGAAAAGUGUCAUUUCGCGUUUGAAUGUCAUAAAGAAACACCGUUUGUGUUUUGCGUGUUGAACAAAAUGGAACAUUUAGCAGCAGAGUGCCUUGUCUCCAUGUCCAGCCGCGCGAUUGUUCACGCUCCUAAAGGGAACCGGGAGAACCGAGCCGAAACUGCGGCUGCACCCAGGAAUGGAGAAGAGACCAAGGAAGCGCUGGUGAAGGACAACUCUUCGCUUUUCGUCGUGGCCCGAAUUCUGGCGGAUUUCAACCAGCAGAGUCCUAAUAAUUUCGCCGAGCAGGCAAAAGCGAAAGAAGAGGGCACGCCACCGACCCCAGCGCGAGAGGAUGGAAACUCUGCCACACCUACCGCCGUCCCUGCCGACUCUGCCCUCAAACAAAGGGGCAAGCGAUGGAGGGCUCGCGCUGAGCAAGAGUCCCCGCAGAAAAAGCACAAAUGCCACUAUUCUGGCUGCGAAAAAGUUUAUGGCAAAUCGUCACAUCUCAAAGCUCACCUAAGGACACAUACAGGAGAACGCCCCUUCCCGUGCACCUGGCCUGACUGCAGUAAGAAGUUUGCUCGCUCUGAUGAGCUGGCACGCCACUACCGCACACACACGGGAGAAAAGAAGUUUGGCUGCCCACUGUGCGACAAGCGCUUUAUGCGCAGUGACCACCUGAUGAAGCACGCUCGUCGCCAUUCCGACUUCCAGCCAGCCAUGCUGAAGAGGCAGCAAAGUGGCAGCAGCACUCUGAGCGUGGCCGGCAGCACACGACCCGGAUCGCUGAGCGACUACAGUCGAUCGGAUGCCUCCAGCCCCACACUCAGCCCCACACUCAGCCCCACACUCAGCCCCACACUCAGCCCCACACUCAGCCCCACACUCAGCCCAGCCAACUCGCCUUAAACCCGCCUGCACUUUCGGCCUUCUGCCCCCUGCAGCUCAUUGCUGAUUUAUAAUUUUUUUUAAACCUACAAUUUUCUGUCAAAAGUAGUGAUGUUGCACACUUGUUAGCCCGCCACCUCUCUUUGCUAAUCCUUUUGCUUGCUGUGGUGUACUCUACUGUACAUAACUGCUUCCUGUAGUGCAAUUUUUUCUCACCAAGUUCAUAAAAGAGAAAAACAGAAAACAGAGAAUGCCUUUUCCAUGGCAAUAUUUACAUGAUGUACCAUAUGUCUGUAUUUUUAUAGCCUCUGGCCUCAGCCAGUUUCCAUUGUAUUUUUGUUGCUCUCUUUUGAUCAAAUCUGUUCAAGUGAACAAACAUGUAGACAGAAUUAACAGGUAUAAAUUUGUUUUUUUUCUCUCUUUUUUUUUUUUAUUUAUGACAGGUUAGGGAGAGUGGCGCACACACACACACACCUCAGGAUUUUAGACAGUUGUUUUACUUUCCUUCUCCUUUAAUAUUCACACUGACUGCACAAUACAAGCAUCACUUUACUCAGAAAUUCAACAGGGGUUGAAUUUUGUGCCCUGCUCAGGGAUGGCCUUGUUAGCUUGAAAGAAUGAACAUGAAGAGAAAACAUACAUAAAACAGCCUUACACUCAAAAAAAAAAAAAAAUUGCACUCUUCCUUUUGUCUUCUUUUUAUUAUUUGGUUUUCACACCAUGUGAAAAUAUUACUAGUUUUAAGUCGUAAAACUCAAUAUCUAAUCUGGCUGUAAGACGUGGCACCACGGAAUAGGGACUAGAAUGGAGUGGAAGUCAUUGUGUAUUGAGACUGGAAGUAACUCUUUUCGUUUUUUUUAACAUCUUUAAAACUUUUUUUUCACACACAAAACUGUGUGGGUUAUUCUGGAUAGGUCCUCAUUUUAAAGGCUAUGUCAUAGUGGCAUAAAUCCAAUUUUUUGGUCUGCAUGACCAAACAUUUUUUGGUCUAUCAUUUGUGCAUCUAAUCUGAAAAUAUAUGUGGUCAUAAAACCAUGAGGUGGAUUAUAUAAUUUAUUUUUUCUUUUCACUUCACUGCACAUGCUUUAUAACUUCAUGGCACAAUUAUGGUGGAUUGUCCUCAUAAUGUUAUUGAUUUCAUAAGUAUGAUGUUUGUGCCACAUUUCAGGGUGAAACUCUGUUCACACAGUAAGAACAGAUAAAGGUCACAUACAAACACAAGUGUGAACCGUCAAGGCGAAAAAUCUGAUUUAAACCACAUUGAUUAUUGUGUGCACAUAGCAAAAGAAAAUCCCUACAAUGUGUGAAUGUAGGAGAUAAAACCACCUUCCCUUUGAGUAGAAUAGAUCUCACUGUUCUCCUUACAGGACUGAACCAAAUCCCCUAAAAUGUGGAGGAUAAAGUUUCAAAGCAGCAGCACUGCACCAUAAAGACUGCACAUGCAUCAGCUUCAGGUUUUUUCCACAACAGUACAGGUUCAUCACACACUUGGAUCCCUUUGUUUGUUUGUUUUUUUGUUUUUUGUAUUGAAGGACAAUUAAAAGGAAAAGCACAUAAGAAGAAACCACCAAAGACUAGAAAGUUUGAAGGUGAGACUAGAGAAGCUUUUUUUGCCAGUGAUAUCCAGUGCUGGGGGAAGGGAGAUACAUUGGCAGUCUCAGGUAACGACAGAUGCCUCGGCCGUGUGGCCUUAAACACCUUACUCACUGCCACCUGCCACUAUGUUCAAAACCAGGCUAUUCAUAUCAUGUUAGAGAGUCACUGCAAUGAUGCUUUCCUCAUUGUGCUUUUCCCACUCCUCUGAAAAAGAGGCUGACAGUGAGAGGAUGGAUGGAGUGCUGAAGGGUCUCCCCAGGGUUUGUGCUUUAGCAGGCUAAAUGCAGCCUGGAAGACUGCAUGUCUUCACAGAGAAGUAAUUUACUGGGUUGAAGGAGAAUUACUGGGCUGGGUUGCUGGGGCAGUAAUGGGAGAUUAAAGCUUGCCUAAAGAACAAAAGCAGCUAUCUGGACGAGGCAUGAGAAAAAGAGUUGACCCCCAGGGAGCCAGAUAAAGCCCAUGUCUUUAUCAUAAGAUGAACAAUUCAGCAGAAGAGACAUCCAGUCAGCUCUCCCCACUGGCCCUCGGACUGGAACACAACUCUCCACUCCCAUGCGUGCUGCCCCUCUUCCUGCCCACCCGCUAAGCGCUAACGGAAAGAAGAGCAUCCCGUCAUCUAUCACUGUUCUGCAGGGUGGUGGAGCUUCUCUGUUUGGAUGCCCACAAAGUUUGAGGACAUUGGAUUUCAUAAGAAAGGAAGUUGGACAAAGGAGUUAAGGGCUUAUGAACAAUGAGAAUGCUUAUGGUAUCAAUUAAAAUUUCAAACAUAUCCUGUCAGAUCUGGAAUUCUGAAUCCUUGGAGAUGAAAAGAAAGAUUAAUUUAUUGUUUUCCAGUACUAAGACCUUCCAGACUUUACUCAGACACAUCUUUCUUUUUUUCUUUGGACAACUGCCUUAAAGACAGUUGUAUAGAUCAGACUCAAAACGAUAAGAUGAGACAGCACACAGCUAUAAGACUCUAUGAACUUUUUACAUUCUUUACGUAUCCAGACCUCUACACAGACUGUUGCAGAGACACUGAUUGAAACGGUCAGGGUUGCUGCUAAACAUUUUACCUCAAUAACCAUUAAAGCAGCUGCUUUCAAACUUGAUCCUCAUUAAAGGGGCAUUAGUCUAAUAAAAAAUGUUGCUACCAAAUCCAUGCAGUAACAAAUACAUAUCAUUUUAACAAACAGCAGUUUACCGUCCUUUGCUUGCAGAAGUUUGGGAAGAUGAAGGACCCUUGUAAGAAAGUGGUCUUAUGUUUUUACAAACCAUUUGUCACAGCUAUGCCUCACCAGCUCAGGCUCAAAAAACCUACCAUGAAUAGAGGCUUCAAUGUCUAAACUAUUUUGGCACCUGCCUCACACACACGUGCACAUGCUUACACACUGAUGCACAUAAUUUUUCACCCAUCUCACACUUGUCAAUUCACUUUCACAUGCUCUCUGUUAUCCUUUUCUCACUUGUCAGGCACGUGAUUAUUCCCAUUGACACUUAUCACCUCAUGAAGGGAGAUGGGACUGGGGUAAUGUGGCACAAUCCAGCUGGGAAUGUUGUAUCUCUGGACUGCAGGAGCAGGUGAAGGCCUGUGAAUACUAGGCCUUGUCCCUCUUUUCACUCUCUCCCUCCCUCCCUGUUUUUUUUCUCAUCCCUUCCCUUCCUUCCCUUCCCUUCCCGUCCCUUCCCCCAUGGUCUCGCAGCCAGAGUCUUUCAAAACAGCACACAUAAUCAAAGCUUUCUCUCUUCUCUCUCUCUUUCGCUCUCUAAAGAAAACAACCAUAACAAAAUUAAACAGCAUCAGACAUGCUUUACUCCUGCAGCAAGACCACACAUAAUGCUUUCUCACUAUUCGGUAAUUUUAAACAGAUUCCAGAGGUGUUGGAAUCGAAGUGAUAACCAAUUCCACUCUGUUAUAGCUAACACUGGAACACUAAUUUAGAAAGUACUUAUUAGCCACACACUCUCUAGGCUCACCUGUAAUCAAACAACCCCAAAGAGGAGAUAAUAACACCUUUCUAUUCAUUUUGCUGACAUAUCCUGACCAUAAGCUUUUACUCAUACCAACAUAGAGCUGAGUGUUGCAGUACAGUGGAAGUGCCGUAGAUCAUUUCCAUGUGCUCUUUGCUGUUGGUCAGAGAACAUAGUGAUUCCUCCUCUGUCCAAAGCCAGUAGCAUGUUCAAAUAGCACCCAUGAUCAGGACUGGUCUUUAAAUUGUUCUCACUAUGUUGGGUACUGGUGAGGUAUAUUGUUCGGAUUUUUCCAAUCUCCGGCAUCCACUUUAGUCACUUAGUCCCCGUUUAGUCCAGGUCAGUGUGAGACAUUAUCGCUUCAUAUAUUCACUGUACUGAAACAACUUGAAUCAGAAACGAGACCAUUGAACAUAGAUUGUGGCAUGUCUAGAGUAAAACUGUACUUGCUCUGUCCUUAGCUUACAAUUCAACUUAACAUGUGAUUAUAGAUCAUGGAUGUAUACAUCUGGCUUUGUUUAUUUGUGAUAUGUAUUUCUUUGUUUUGUUUUUUUAUAAUAAUGAUAAUUAUUAUUGUUAUUAUUAUUUCCAGUUUUUGAAUGAUAAAAGCAUAUUUAGUUCACAUUUCUUGAGAAUUAUUUUUUAUUUCAUUUCAUAAUCACAGUUAUUUGAAGCCUUGAGGAAGAAAAAAAUCCUAGAGUUCCAUCUUUAUGCAGACACUGAACCUUUGUUAUAAGCAGGAUAUUUGUUUUUUUUUUUUUUAAGUUGUAGAAAGAAGCGAGAUAAAGGGGUGAAGUUCACUUUUCUAAGGCUAAUCUUUUCUUCUUUAAUGCCUUGCACAUGAUUUAUAUAAUUAUCUUCAUUUUAAAAUUACACAUAACCAUAGAGACCAUAGCAUUGUGAAUAGGUAGUGUAGUCCCAUGCUAUUUUUACUGUUACAUUAUAUUAUCCUCUCCUUGGUUAUAGAUGACCAUUGUGUUACUCAUUAUGUUUUUUAAACUUGUACUUUAUAAAGCAACUCAGAAGGUUAUGAAGUAUGAAGUAUUUUGUUAUUAGAGCGGUAUAACUGAAACUAUGGGCCAACUAUCAUGUCAACAUUAACUAUUUUAUUCACAUUCAUUAACUCAAACUGUAAAGCUAGUGAGAAAAGAAGAUAAGUGAAUGUUUCAUGAUGUUUCAUGUUUCUGAUUAUUUAAUGUUAAUCAUAAAUCACAUUUAAUUAAACAAAUUUCCCCAAUUUAGCAAAAUUUAUUUUCUAUUUGUUGCCAGAAUUAUACUAAUCAUUUAUAGUAGAUUUAGAUUUUGCUAAAUGUCACUAAUAUUUUGUGAAUAGCACAUUAGCUUUGAUAAUAAGUGCCAAAGGCAUUAAAGUAGCAAUUAAAGGAGAAACCCUUAGAAAAUUAAUGCAUAUUCCAUAAUAGGUGACAUUAACUAAAUAACCUUGUACAGUUUUCUAUGAGUGAUGUGUUUUUAAGUACGUGUACAGGACUGAAUGAUGUGCAUUAGAUACCAAGUAUUCUUAAGUUUUACCUUUUUUUUUUUUCUUUUUCGUUUGGUGUGACAUUAAUUUAGCUUUAUGUUGGUUUUUGUCUGAUUUGUUUUCUUAAUUUGUUUUAUGCUGUACAAUUUAAAAUAUACAUGGUUAAAUAUCCAAAACUCUUGGAUGCUAUUAAUGUUAUAUUAAUCAGAAACCCAACCAUUCCAAAGGAUUGCAAUUUCAUUUGCUGUAAAUGUGCUGCUUAUAUGAAACCAAUGCAUAGAAGCAACAUUACUUUUAUGUAUUUAUUUUAUAUUAUGUUUUGGACUGUGAUGUAUUUUACCGAAAUACAUUUGUGACUAGUUAA